AGCCAGCCCCUAGCGCAGACGGCGGAGAGCUGGGAUGGAGCGCGCCUUGGCCCGCUGGCCUGGGCCGCUGCUCCUCCGGAGAGCCCGGGCGCCCACGCGAGAACCUCCCUACCCGGGUCUGUCUUCAAGGAGGACACCUUCCGUCUGAUUCCCUGCCUCCAAGGACCACCUGUGGAUGACGAGCUGAUGCCCAGGUGCUUGCCGCUCACCUCCGUCUUAUGAGGACGCCAGGAGCAGGGGUUCCUGGAUCCCACCAGCAAACAAAGCGACCCCUAGGCAGUGACCGCCUCCGCAGGACGCCGAAGGAUGAAGAGGACCCGAACUGACCAGCCAGCUGUCCCUCUUGGCUAAGUGUUGAAACCGUGCCCUAGUGAGGGGGCGCUGGUUAACGUCGGACUUUCGAUGUGCUUCUGCCUUGAUGCUUUGCUUUUCUAUGUGCGUCUGCUUUGUUAACCUUCCAUCAACCUGGAGGUUUCACCAUCCCCAGGGAGGUGUCAGUCUUUCUCAAUCCACCCCGUCACCACCCCAGGAUGGUCUGAAAGGAAGGGUCCCUUUGGGAACUUCUCAGGAGGGAGACCUGGGCCAAGGGCUUGACCAGCAUCCCCCUGGCAAUUCCAAGGCCCUGGAUGGGCUUCUGGAAGGAGCAUGUGCCCCGAGGCCAUGCUACCGAACUGCCAGGGGCAUCCCCACCUCCUCCGAGAUCUCCUCGUCCUUUCUGGGGAACGGGAUCGAGCAAAGCAACCUCCCAGGGUGUUGUGAGUGUUGGUCCGACACAGGGAAGCCGGUAAGGCCAGGCAUAGAAGAGGCGGUCAGUUAACGUUUUUCCAAACAGGUUGGUCGACCACGUCCCCCUCGCCCCUCUCAUCACCUGUCUCACGCUUCUCGUUUAUUCUUCCACAGCGCUCCGGACAAGCCCAGUCCGCAGGGCUCUUGGUGCACCAGGUAGGGCUGUACUGAGCCAGGGGUCGAGCUGACCUAGUCAGGAUAUGCAUGGUGCAUGUGGUCAUUUCCAGAGCACUCCGUAUGUUCUAUGCCUGUUAUUGCUAUGUCGGAUGUCCACGUGAGCGAGGCCGCCUCAUUUACAAAUGAGAGUGAAUGUGGCCUCGGUUUGAGUCAUUUUAAAAGGUGGAGGACAAGAAGACAGAACUGAGCGACACUUAGAGUGAGGUCGCUGAGGCUGGAGGAGUGUGAGUGUUUUGUCACAUUCCUGGCAAGAGAAGGGGUCAGAGUUGGACCCUGGGUGCCAUCAGGGGCUGCCCCUUCCCCCCCGCCCCCCCGCCCCCGAGUUCCACUCAGAACCUUUUUGAUUUCCACUCCAAUGUUUGACAAUGGGACAGCCUGUUUGAGAUCCCAGCUGCCCGGGGUGGUCUUGGGGGUCUUGGGUGGCCCCAAUGCUGGUACGAUGUGCUGGUCCCACCUCUCAAUAACGGUGUGACCUUAAAUACGUUGCUUAACUUCUCUGAGUCUCAGUUCUUUUCAUGGCCUAAAUGGGGAUUAGGGGGGGAAAAAAAAAGCAACACAAAAAGCACCCGCGUUUAUCUACCCCACAUGGUGCUUUUGAAGGCCAAAUGAUGUAACCACUAUGAAAGUGCUUUGUAAAUUGCUGUGGAAAUUGCGAGAUACUUAACACCAGGAGGCUGUCCCUCAUUAUCACAUGCCCAGCCUUGUCCCCCCCCCACACCCCCCCGCAGUAAUAACAGCUAGCACCCACUAGGUGCUGUGUGUUUGCACUCAAUAAAUAAAUUCCAGAAGAAAUAAAACAGAAUUAAUUCAACAAACAUUUUCUGGACUGCCUACAAUAUGCCCCGCACACCAGGCCUGGAAUGUGAUACAAAGAUGAUGACAACAAGUCUCUUGGAAGCUAAUUGGGGUCCUCGUUUGACCAGCACUUUCUUUCCUCCCCUUUUAAGCCAACCAGUUUUGUCCGGACGAGACAAAAACAACUUGGGCCGCUUUAGAGAAACCCGGCUUGGUGUAGACAAUAGCUCCCGGGCUUCUGAAAGGGGCUGAUUGGAUUAUGUGGCAAAUGAAGGUGGAAAGAUGACUUGGGAGGUGGCAAAUGAAGUGGGCGGAGAUCUGCUGUGAGUUAAUCCAGGCUAUUAGGAGGGACCUUUUGUCUUCCAAAGGCUGGCAGGAGCUUUCACCACUGGGUUUUACAUCCUUAAUGUAAGGACGCAUAAUUUAUGGUCAGUGAAAACCCAGGCCCCAGUGAGAUUUGAGUGGGCUGUAAAAUUGAGCGUCCUGCUACCAGUGAGUAAUUAUAGGGGACAUUUAUGUCUCCCUUUGCAGUUGGCAAAGGCCUUUUUGCAACCAUCAAUUCAUUUAAACCUCACAACUCCCUGUCCGGACCCCGGGCUGGCCUGCACCUCCUAGGGGAACAGAGGCUGUCAAGCGGCCUUCAUAUGAGGGCAUCUGAGGCGUCUGACACGGUAAACGGAGAGGAGGCCCCCACCCCGGCCCCUCUAGUCUCUCAGACCUGGCCCUUUGGCCACAAGCGAGUCCCUCCAAAUUCCUAACUUUGCUUUUCUCAGCAGCUUCUGAGCCUCCGGGCCUCUCCUGGCCUCCUUUCUAGCCUCUGUCUCUUUCCUUCCGCAGCCCCGCCUCCUGUAAAGCCUAUCUACAUACGCUGUCUUCCUUCCUCACCUUCUGUUUCCCCUCCAACCCACCGCUUCGUGGUCUCCUCUGGGCCGUUGAACUCCACCAGCUCUAAGGUAAUGACUUUUCUGGAGCUUAACUCCGGACACGUUUCCGGCUCCCGGACGCACGGACACGUAUUCAGUGUUUCUCUCACGGUCUUCCCAGCUCCUGGUCCCUGGUGUUGACAGACAGCCCUCUCCCCUCCACCCCCUGACCUGUAGACGGUACAGAGUCACCUGCUCCUGGCCCUCCUCCUUCUUAACCUCUCCUAGAAGAGUAUCCAGCCCUUCCAGAACCUUCCAGAACCUGCCUCUUGGCAUCUUCUCCGGGUUGGCGUCCAAACCACCUAGAGCUGAGGCCUCGAGGUAGCUCAGUGUUUCCAAGCCUUUCCACCUUACUCUCAGUUGCAGAAUAGUUAUCUUUACCUGGCAGGUCAGGUGGGCUAUCCUGCAGGUAAAACCUCAAGUCCCCACUAUUCGAGGAACUUGAAAUAAAUUCAGUCAGGUAUUCAUGAGAAAAUACAGCGAAGGUCGCCAUCUGAUUUUCUUGUAGGUUAAGUUCCCACAGGAAGGAGCGCAACGGAGAAGAAAGAAGUGGGGGGUGGGGGCGAGAAAGAAGCAAAGACCAGAAAAAGGCCCCCAAGACAAAAAAAAGGAGCAAAGGGAGACUUAGAAAAUACGAAAACCCACCCCCAAAAAAACACAUCCAGAGAAAGGUUCCUUCUUGGGUCAGGCGAAAAUAAAGUAAACAGGAAAAAGGUUUUCAAUUGAUUAUCCCAGUGACAAGUCCCAGGAAGCUUUCAAAUCAAAUUGCCCCAUUUUAGGUUUUUAACUCCUUCUAUCGGGUUUAACCUCUUUACCUCCCGCAUCCUGGUUAAACCCUCCUCCUGGCCCCCUUGGCUGGUGAUUAAAUCCCGAAGGUACAUGGAGCCUUUCAGUGAAUGAAUGGCCAGCAGAAAGAGCCCUCCCCCUCCCCCCAGCUGUGUUUUUCAGUUUUAUUCCACUUUCUGCCCUUUUCCCUUAAUGAACACAGGGCUAAUCUUGGGCCUUGUCAAGGAAGAGGCUGUAGACCUUAAUGAGGUAGCUGCUGGAUUCCAAUAUUCAUCUCAUAAGGAGCCUUCUUUGUCUGAGAAGGAAAGACACUGAUUAUCAUAAUGAGGUGAACCGCGGCUGCAGGGCAGGGGCGAAGCGGGUCUGAAGCCACACUUCUAAUUUUGGUGCUGGAGCCCAGGGACUCAUUCUGCUCCCCAUUCAAGUCUCUGCCUCUGUCCCAGCUCGCGGUGCAUGGAGCGAGGUUGAAAGUUGCAGGCCGCUUUGGGCCACAGAUGAGGGCUGCUCUGCAGAAGAGUUACUUUGUUUGACCCUGCGUGCAGACCAGCCCUGGGCCAGGGCAACUCAGGCCUCUGGGAUCAGUUUUCCAGGAGCAGAGAGACAGAGAUGCGGGUCUGGCUCACCCCGCAGUUAAACUUAGGGCUCCCCAGUGUUAAACCUGUGAGACUUCCAAAUGAAAAGUAAGAAAAGUAGAAAAGGAAGUCCUAGGUGUAGACCCCGUGCAAUUGUAGCCGAGCUAGCGUCUGUGGAAUGCCCCUUCCAGGUCAGGAAGUGGAUGGAUAUUGGUACCCCAGCACAGCCCCAUCCGCUUAGAAGGACAGAGAUGGGGGCUCACACUCAGCCCCUCAUGAUGAGAGUGCCAGUGGUCUGUCAGGACCACUCAGAUCCAGUAUCCAAACCUGGGUCACCCACUUUACCCCCUAACUGUCCCUCCCAUGUGUCCUGCGCCCGCUCUGCCCCUCAGGCCUCUUCUGUGUUCCUUCUUGAAAUCCCUGGGGCCUUUUCAUGUCUUCAGGGCAGGUGUGCCUGAGUCAGAAACUUGCCCUUCUGAAUCCUGAGUUCUAGAUGUUCCUCACCUAAAGGCAGAUCAAUCACAAUUAGAUCACUCCAGUUAAACCUUAGACUCCAGCCAGACCUUCCGCCAAAUGGGGGAAAAAAAGGGAGGGGAGGAGAAGUGGAGUGUUUGGAGCAAGAAAACUUGAUUACUUGAAAACUUAUGGUCCUCUCUCCCUCAACUUACCUCUCGGCUCAAGGUCCCCUGGUGUUGGUGGAUGAGAUUUAGACAUUUCCCGAGUCAGCGAAACCACCUCCCAUCCGGCCCACUAGAUGACAAGUGUGGAUGGCAGCCCAGAUGGCCAGCUGGGGCCACUCCAUCGCUUUUGGUGGUGGGGACCCCAGAUGUUGCCCAGACUUGGGGGCUGGAUGGGGUGAGCACUUCUGAGAAUCGGGGGUCCCACCAAAACUUGCUUCUUCCGUGCAGUUUGUGGAGAGUAAACUUCUGGGGCAGCUCCUGGUGUUCUAGAAGGAUUAUUUCUAGAAGUAGGAAAAGAAAAUCCAUAGAACCCUUCAUACCUUCAAAUACAUACCAAUAAUUAAAAUACCUGCCCCGGAGUCAUUAAUAUUUUAGCAUUUGAGAACCCAGGGAGGAGGUGGAAGGCAACUGAACUCAUCUUCUGAGGCCACUGGCAGUGGGGUGUCUGUGUUCGUGACUCCUGGACGGGGGACUGCUUUAACCUGUAUCCUUGUUUCUGUGGCCCCCCUUCUGCACCUGAACUGACACAGCUCCCCGCUCCCCAUGCGCAUGGGACACCUGCCCCCCACUCCCCCAGCCCGGGGGUCCUGCCCGGCUUCCUGUGUGGGGCCUGGGAGGGCUCAGCCACCAUUAAGUCAAUCCCGGAGGCUCCCCCCAGUUCUUCUGAUCCUCCCGUUUUUUUUUCUGCUUUCACUGCCCCCUUCUGUAGUCCAUCCGUCUUCUCUCCCCGACUCCUGUUUCCUUAUCUGGUCCUCAGGGGGGCGUCCUAGGCCAGCCCACUCCUCCUUUGGGUGUCCCAGCACCAGCCUGGCACAAAAUGGGGCUCAGUAAGAGUAUGUGGGAUGUAUGGCUGUUUGGACAGGUGAGUCAAGGAAGGAACUUGACUGUCAAAGCUGAGCUGCUAGGUGGGAGACACUGGGAGUGCAGGAAGCCUUAGGUCUAAAGGGUGGAGGGUGGACGUCCUUUAACUGAGGGGUGGGUGUUGCCCCAGCCCCUUUUGAGUGGGGGCCCCACCAGUCUCACCCCUUCCUGGACUCACGCAUCCAUCCCGUCAUCCAACAGUUGAUCCUUACUGAGCAAGCCCAUAGCUCGGCCCCGGGCUGGGCACCUGCCACCCUAGUGCGUCCCUUGAUGGCCUCUGCCUCCCUGGGGUGGGGGGCCGGGGGGUUGCUUCUGCCCAGGGUGCCCUGUUGGCCCCCGGGCGCUGGAGCAGCACGUUUUUGCUCUAUAGAGAAGGCAGGCCGGGGUGGGGUGCGAGGGGCAGGCCUGCUUUGCCUUGCUGUGGUCGGCUGGCCCCCUUUGAAUCCGAAGCCUGGGGAGGGGGCCCCCGAACCUGCCCUUCUCCAGGGCUCAGCUGCAGGUCCCAGCCAGCCAGCCCCUCCUGCCCCUAACCCUCCCCGCCUGUCCUGUAGCUGAGUGCUCAUGGCCGUCCUGGGCUCCCAGCCCUGACGUUCAGGACUGUGGAAGUGGCCCGGGGCAGCCGUGGCCUGUGUCCCCUUGGGCUCUGGCCGCACCAGGUCUCCCUCUUGAGUUGGGGGUCCGCGGGCUGGACCCCUCCCUCCAGGAUGCCCUCCUACCCCUGGGACUACAUCCAGCUCGCCCGCCCCCCUUUGCGGACGGGGGCCUGCCCACCGCCAAGGGCCCCUGGCUGGGAACCUCCAGGGGACCUGCAGGCCUCACCUCUGCCUGGCUGCCCACCUUACUCCUGUGUCUGGCGGCUCCUCCUCUGGCUUCCCCUCCGCUCCCCUGCUAGGUUGACUGCCCCCCCCCCCAACCCCCGGCUCUGCUUGCCAGAUCCGACCUGUGUGCCCUUCCCUGUGCCCCCUUCUCUGGGUUCAGGACCCUCUGCGUCUCAGCCAUCCGACUGUCUGCCUAACACGUUGGUUUUCCUCGCUGAGCCCACACCUGUGGUUACCUGCGUGCUGCCCCGCCCACCUCCCACCUGUGUGCCUUUUCCCUGUCUCCCCCAGUGCAAGGAGGCUUUCCCCCUCAGGGUGACUCAAGUUUCUAGGGGGUCUCCAGUGCCUGGGGCACAAGCCCCCCCUACCCCGGCAGGCCACCGCCCCCCCCCCCCAGCAUCCUUGGGUACCUCUUCCUGUGGGCCUGGCUGCCCAGGCUCUGAGUGACCCUGGGCUAUAGCCAGCCUUUUGCACUGUCCCCUUCUCCCCACCUCAAUCCCCCCAGACCCCUUAUUGUUACGUCCUGCCAGGCCUGCCCGUCCAAGCGCCGUGUCCCCGCGAGUCCCAGGCUCGGCUCCCCCGUCCCCGCCCCCCCGGACCUUGUGGCCCGUCUGGGGGCUGCUCCCGGGCCUGUCACUCUUCACACCUCUUCCCGUCCUUGCCGCUCCCAAGAGCCACCUCCCUCCACCAAAAACCAGACGGCAGGAGCCCAGGCGGCGCCGGAUCGUGAACGCCUGGACAGAGGAGGUGGAGGAGCUCCCCUGGAGCAGCACGCCUUCCGGAGGGUCACCCGACGUCUCGCGCCUACCCCGAGCCGCGACACUGCUGCCUGGAUUGGGCCGAAGCCAUCAUCUGGAAUCCUCCGCGGUCCAGGACCUCGAACCCACCACCCCAGCACCCUCUAGCUCCAUAAUCGGCAAACUAGGAUGGAAGUGGCCUAGCUGGGGGGCCCUUCAACGGGCCAAGGAGAAAACGCGGGCAGUGGCACCAGCCUCUGAAACCGUCUCCGAGCUCCAAUAAUCUUCGCUCGCCUCCCACCUUGAAAUGUUCGAAUGGACAGAUUUUCUGUCUUCAAAGCUUCCGGCCAAACCUCUUCAAGCUUUUUAUUGUUUGGGACUGGGACGCUUAGCAAUAGUGAUGGGUAGUUCCUUUUUUAUUUGCCUUGAAAGGCCAAAAUACAUUUUUGUGUGUGUGAACAUAGACUAAGCCGUCUGCUUUCAGAUGAACUCUGUGUCCGUCGGCUCCCACCAGGGAGAUUGUAUAUACCAUGUAUGUCUCUGUGUAUUCUUGGGUCUUGAAACAGGUUUCUCAUAGGGAUGACCAUUCCAAGGGAAGCGCCUGCUCCACCUACGGGCCUGGGGAGUCUGACCCCUGUCCGUGCAGGGUGUGAGCCCCGGGGUGGGGGUCUGGCUGCACUAACGUAUUCUGCCUGUGCCUGCAUCUGCCAUGCUUAUGUGUCAAGGACUGUGGGUUGUGUGCACUUUGGUGGUCAGUUGGGUGAGAGGGGGGUGGGAGGUCAGAGAUACUGUGAAUGUCCCAUUGUUCUGGUUGGGAAAUCAUUUUGCUGGGCUCUGUUACCUGAUCCAAAGAAGCGAGUGGAUGAAAAAAUGAAUGCAGGCAUGAAAGAAUGAAUAAACAAAUAAAUAGUGUAAAGAAGUGUACCCUGAAUGAGAUCCAAUUGGAUACAUAGGAGAUCAAUAAAUAAGUCGAUGAAGCAUGGAGUCUUCUUAGUAUGUAAAUAGGGCCAUGUAAAGUACGUAAAUAGGGCCAUGAAGAAACCAGUAUCAGGUUACCCUGGACUAAGGCACACGAACAAUUCAAAUACAUAGCACCUAUAGUUUGUCCAUAAAGGAAGAAAAACCGACAUGACAGAAAGAAAGAAUAAGGAGUCUGGAUAUGUAAACCAGGGGUGAGGCUGGGAUGGUGAGGCCCAUCAAAGGGAAAAGAUGAGACAGAGCACCAGGGAUCGACAGCGGCAAGGACAAUGGAAAGACGCAAAUUAAUACCUAAAAAAUAGGGAAGGUAACUUUUAAAAUACUCACCAUAAGGAGGGCUCUGUCAGGUUAUUAUAAGCCAAGCAUUAGGAUUAAUCCAAAUACAUGCUCUUGGCAGUAGGAAAAAAAGAGAAAACACAAGAGGAAGAGCUCAAAGGAUAGUUAAAAAUGAAAAAUGACCCAGGGGACCAGAGAUGAGAUUUAACUUUAACUCAAAGUUUUCUAAUUCUGGGCACACAUAAGUAAAUACUGAAGUGAAAGAAAGUAAAAAAAAAAAAAGAAAAAAAAUGAAGGGAAGGAUGAGUAGUGGACAUACCUGGAUCCAGAAGGGAGCAGGGCAGAAAGGGUUUUGGGUCAUCCAGUCCUGCAAACUGAGGUCUGUUCCAUGAAAGGGUUAAAAAAGAGAAUGAAAUAUCUAAAUAAAAAUCUAGUAAUGUGGAAGAAAAAGUAACGGGUGUGAAGUCCAGAAAGACAUCAGUGGGUGAAUAGAUAAACAUAGGAAAGAAGGCUAGUGUAGGAGUUGAGUAAUAGACGGUCACGAAUCGAGGGUUGUGGUUAGUCUGACCCUGAAAGCCACAGGACUAUCAAAAAAUAAUAAGUAUCUCAAUAAACAAGUGAGCGAGCAUCUAAAGAGACAAAGAUGGCAUGGAGUGAGGUGGGGGAGAGGCUGUGGUCACACCAAAGCUCCAGGAAAAUUAAAGAAGGCAAGUGAGAAAAAGUGAGAAAGGAGGAGAUGUAGAAAGUCACAAUGAAAGAAAGAAUAAAAAAGGUGAUAAAUGGGUAGAUCCUUGGAAGAAGGUGAGGCUAGGAAUCCAAACUGUGGAUCAAAAUGGGUCAAAAGCUGAACACGCACUCCGUUAAUAGAGGAGUAAAUACCUAAUAAAAAAAAAAAAAAACAGGAAGAAUGGUGUGAAUGAGUGAAGGAAGGAAAGCAAGAAGGAAUGAAUGACAGAGAGGCAGAGCUGAAGGGCCUGGGCAUGCUGUUUGCAGGUGACACUAGGCUCCAUCAGGUCGUGGCACCUGAGCUCCAGAGAAUGCAAGAAAGAGAGAGUUAAAGAGAGAAACAGUGAAACUGAAAAUGGGAAAGAAAUGAUAAGUCAGAAGUCCGAUUAGAAAUGCAAAAAGAAAAAGGAAUAUAUUAAUAGGUAGAUAAAUGCUUAUAUAAGAGAAAGUUGCUCUAGGAAUAAGAAUGGGAGGGGGUGUGAACCAUGCACAUGGAUGAAUUCACAUCUGGGCUUCUGAGAUGGGCCACCACCCACCCAACCGGCAGGCAGGUCAAAGCUGAAAUACCUAAGGGAGGACCUCCGAGAGGCCAGGGAGGGGAGGACCCAUUGCUUGUAGAUUAUCAUGUAUCCAAUUAGGUACCCUGCCAUCUAGAAGUGUAAAAACAAUUACCAAAGAGAAAGGAAGCCUGAAUGGGUGCAUGAAGGCAUGAAUGAAUGAGAACAAAAAUUUGCAGUGACCAGUGAGGCUGAUGUUGCGAGGGGUGUUAGGAUUCAUCCACUUCCUGGUGCCCAAUCUCCAAAAGAAAGAAAGGCAGUAAGAAAAAAGCCUGAAAGACUGGUAGAAGAGAACAAUUAAGAUGGGAGAAAAAAAAAUAAAAAGUUUUUAUAAAGAGGUAAAAAAAGAUAAUAAGUAUGUCAGUGAAGUCUGUGAGAGGGGACUGGUUUAGCACAGAUCAUCCACAUUCAUUCAUAUCUCUGGCCCCAAAGUUGAUAAAUAGUAAAAAGAACAAUAGCAUAAAUAAAAGCCUGAAGGAAUAAAUGCACGCAUUCCAUGAGAAGGCAAGGAAAGGAGUUUGAAAAAUUGAAGGAGAGACUGGGAGAAAGAAAGAUGGGAGAAGAAAUGAAAAUAGAUGGAUGGAGGAAAAAAGGCACAUCCUGGAUAAGUACUUAAUAAACAUAUUAUUCAUUAAAUAAAAAAACUAGUAAAAGCUGAAGUUCAUCAGAAAGAAAGAAUAAAUAAGGGGAUGGCUGUGUGAAUGAAUGAAUGAGGAAGGGGACUUUGAUGAAUUUGCCUCUGCACUUGAGGCUCUUGAGAAUAAAAGAAUGCCCAAAGAGCCAGUGAGGAAGGAGGAGAGGAAUAGACAAUUAUGACAAGAUGGAUAUUAGCAAUAAAAACAUAUUGAAUGAAUAAAUAAAUAUGUACAUAAAUUACAAGAGAGAGGGCCAUGCUAGAACAAAAAAAAAAAGAGAAGGCGCCAUGCAGCAGGAAUUAUGAGUGAUUCAAAACUGGGCUCCUGAGAGAGUUAAAUAAGUCCUCCCGCAAAUCACCAGUACAAGGAAUUAAUGAACCAAAGGGGCCCUACAUGGACUGAUGCCGAGAAGGCACCAGGAACUACAGAUGAUGGUUAAUCCAAUUCUGUGCACCUGAGGUCCAUAAAUAAAAGAAUAAAUAUUGAAAUAGAAGAGUGACAGAAAGAAUGAAUGGACCCAUGAAUGACUGAAUUAGUAAUGGAGAUGCCUGAGGCGGCCCAUGGGAUUGUCACUCAUCUCAUUCCGGACACCUGAGGUUCCUAAGAGUAAAAGAGAAGCAGAGAAAGAAACGAGGAGAAAUGAAACUUAAGUGAAAGAGAAAGGUGGGGGACCCAAUAGAAAGUUAGUGAAGAUGUGGGUGUGUCCGAGAGAAGGGUCUGUUAGAAUUAGGGGUAGGUGGUCAUCAAUCCUAAUGAUGGAUAAGGUCAUCCAGUCCCCUUUUCUGGGGCAAAGGAGGAUGGAGAGAUUUAAAAAGAAGCAAAAAAAAAAGAAAAAAGGAGAAAGGAAAGAUGGUAAACCAACCACCAAAGUGAUACAUGGUUCGUUAAGAGAGGUUGUCUGAACAGGAAUGAUAAUUAGUUUACAUACUACUCCUUCAAUAGGUAAACGCAUUACACCUUUCCGAGAAUAAAUGAAAAAUAGAGCAAAUACCCAGCCCCAAGACAAGGCUGCACCUCCAGCCUUUUAUUAUCUUUAUAUCAUAAAAUAUAGGCAAUGGAGGUCCAUAAAUAAAAGAAUAAAUAGCAAAAUGUAAAAGGUGACUAAUGGCGAGGAAGAAAGAUUGCAAAGGCAAGUAAGCACAUAGGCCGAUGAUGGUUAUUUUGCACGUGGAGUUUUGACCGCUAUAAUGAUUUCCCGGGAUAAGCCAGGAUAAGAAUGAAAGGAAGGGCAAAUGUGAGACUGCAUGAAUGAAUGAAUGAGAUGGUGUUGCUUGGACCAGGGGUGUUGCAUGUGGGAUCCUGACUCAUCCUUCUUCACCUGAGUUUGUAAGAAUGAAGGAAUGAAAGGAAGCGUGAGAGAAGUAAGAAAGCAGGAAUGGAAAUAAUGUAUAAACAAAUAAAUAGGAGAAGGGAGACCUUCAUGAACCAAGGGCUGUGAUUAAAGUCAUGCUGUUGAAGUCAGUAGGUAAAGGCAUCAAAUCUAAGUGGAUGAGUGAAUGAAUGGAAGAAAUGGAUGCAUGGAAGGAAGAGAGGAGAGAAGGCAAAGGAAGAUGGGAGAUGGAAGCGAGGGAGGGAGGGCUUCCUGACUGGGGCCCCGGGUCCCGCCAGCUGGGUGGAGUGGGUGGCCCUUGGCAUGCGGUGUGCUUGUGACGUGCACUUCCCUGGCGGGAGGGGCUGGCUCAGGGGGACCCUUGCCUGGAGCACCACCGUCACAUCCUGGCUGUGGGGGCCAUCUCACCUCAUCGCUCUCAUUCCGUUUUCCCCAUGUGUGACGUGGAAUGGCACCGGCUCCCCGCUUGGGUGGAUCGUGGGGGCAAAUGCUGCCCUGCCUGUUGGCAGUGCCCCAUCUAGAGCCCGGGAGAGGCAGAAGGGCUCGGGCCCGGGAGCCUGCAGAAGCUUGCGGGAACAAGGGGUGUUGGGCCAGGUGGGUGUCCUGGCCCCUCCCUGGGCGAGGGUCACCUGCGAGGGAGGCUUUUCCCGCCAGGGGGCAGCAGAGGGUCGGGGAGCAAGGGGCCCUGGGUGGUGCCUUGUCCUGGGAGGGGUGCCCCUAGCCUCCAGGGCCCGCUGCGCUGUCCUGGGACGGGGUGUGGGGGCCCCCUCACCUCCAGGACCUGUGCAGUGGAGAGGCGGGCGGGAAGGGGGCCGGCAGGGCCUCAUCACAGAAACCUUGUUCCCGCAGCUUUCUGAAACAUGUCCGGGAGCCCUCCAGCUGGGUCUUCCGUGGGUGGGCUGCUGUCCCUUCCCAACUCGGGGUGUCCUGGGGCAGGUGCAUCUCAGCCCGGGGUUGGCAGAAGUGGUCCCAGGACCCUGCCCCCUUCCCCUUGGCAUCCCUGGAGCCCGUUUCAAGGCCUUGCUACCUUCUCAAUUGUUUUGCGAUGUACUCUCUGUAUUUCGGCAAAAAAAAAAAAAAAUGGCCUUUGCAUGGUGUGUUGUUGAACGUGUCUUCUCUCCUCCCGCCCCCACCCUGACCCUCGUUGGGGCUGUUUGUACUGAUAAUUUCUAUCCCCAGGGACUCCCUGGUUCUGUAUAGUCUCUUUUUCUCUGUAUUGGUAGGAUUUGUGCACCUGUGUGUGGUGUGCCCGUGUCUGUCUAUCAAUCCAAGGAUCAAAGUCCCUCUUGACUGAUCGAUUCCAGUCUGGGACAUUACAAAAAAAUAAAAUAAAAUUGGAUUCCUAACCAGUGCCCUGACCGUGAGGAGCCCACUUGGCUGGACCCAGGAUUCGUGGCUGGGAGCACAGAGGAGCCUCCGGGCGGGGGGCGGGGAGGAGUCUGGUGGAGGCGGGGCUGAGGGGCAGGUUACCCACCUAGGAGUGACUUUGGGUCCUGGGUGGGGACAGGGGGUGGUCGCUGGUCCAGGCCAGCAAUGCCCCAGGCGUGCUCGGAUGUCGGGUGGCAGGGAGGCAGAGAAGCAGGAGUCACAGCUACAGACAGGGUCCAGGGAGGGAGCCAGGGGCCCAGGACCAACCUCUGCACUCUUAGCAUGGGCCCUGAGUGGACGCGGACUCACGUGUCAGGAGCUACCCUUCCCUGCCUCCAGUGCCACGUGUCCGGGCCACGUGAGCAGGGCUUCCUGGGCCUGAGAUGGCACUGGGGCUUCAGGACCGUGCUCUCUUCUCUUUUGGAAUCUAGGGGGCCCUGGGUUCUGCCUGAAGCCUGGGGUGGGGGGGCAUACUUAUUAACCCCAAAGACAGCUACUCAGAGAAGGGUCCCCGAAGAGCCCCCCAACCAGCCCAGGUGUCAUUGUGUGGCCGGAGUGGGGGUCGGAGGGGCUUGGGGCAGGAAGAGCCUGGGAGGGUCUUUUUGAAGAACCCCUGUGUGGUGGUUUUAAAAGGCAGCUGAGGGUCGAGAAGAUGGAGAAGGUGUUAGGUGUAGAAUGGGAGGGGGUCACAGCCCAGUUCACAGAGGAGAUGGGGAGGGACAGAAGCAGACCCCUAGGGAGGGGGGCCUUCUCCCAGGACCAAGGGGCUGUUCAGAGGUCACGUGGGUGGAAAUAGGCAGGUGGGGGAAUGUCCCAGGGGGAGGGUGCGUUGGGAUUGGAUGAGUUCUGUCCUUUUAGGAAUGCUGGGGGUCUGAGGGUCACUGGGUCAGGCUUUCUGAAGGUCUCCAGUUCUGGGACGCUGGGUUUCAGCUCAGGGCUCCGAGGGCUGCAGAAGCCGGGGGUGGAAGUUCCACUUGGGCCCCCGUCUGGUUCUGUCCGUGCCCGACCCACGAGGUCCAAGGUUGGGUCUCAGCGCUCCUCUCUGAUCAUGGCCUGGCUCAAGUGCGUGCUUCUUCUCUUUCCUUCUUCUUUUUCAAAGAAAGACAAGUUUUGUCUGUUGACUUUGACCUUUGCAUGCACCCCUUGCACAAAUCCUUCCCUUGAUGGCACCAGGAGCUACAAGUCUCCUAGGAUUUCUGUAUGACUCCCAACUCAGGGAGGUUGGCCUUGGGGCUGGCCUGCCAGAGGGUGGAGGGCGGAGGCUGGGUCUCUGGGGUUGAUGGGCCAAAGGCCCUGUUGUGAUCUUACUGUAAAUGGUGUGGAUAGCACAUGACGUGGAACAGAUCACCCAUCACUUGACAUAUCACUCAUCUUUAUUUCUCUCCUUCAGAUUCUGUUUAUAAGCACACUAUUUUUUUAAUGGACAUCUAAUUUUGUAAAAUGAGCAUCCAUUUUUUAAACCCAAUUGCUAUUCUUCACCACGUACACAUUUUUUUUUUUUUUUGCAUCCCACCUUUUCCAUUUAAUAUUCUGCUGUCAACAUUUUUCUUUCUUCCAUAUACUUCAUCACCUCACUGGCUGCCUUGUGUCUCAUUGAGCGGCUAUGUCAGUCAUUCACCACAUCAACCUGCUAUUAUUACUCUUGCUAUGCAUAAUUCAUCUUUUUUAAUGUUACAAAUUAUGCCACAGCUAAUAACUUAGCACACCCACUUUUUUUUCAUUCUUAUGAAUUAUUUUCCCACACCGAGAAAUGAUCUUUGCUUUGUGGUAUGUCAAUUUCUCCUGCUAGGCUGUGAACCCUUGAGGGCAAGGAGCUUGUUGCAUUGAUCUUUGUAUCUCUAAUGCCUGAAAUGUUGUAGAUACUAAAUGUUAGAUGAGUGGAUAGAAGGGUGGAUGAAGAUGUGAGUGAGUGCCUGGUUGGCUGUUGGAGGAGAGGAUGGGAGACUGGAUGAAUAAAUGGAGUGGUGAAUGAACAGAUGAAUUUUCUGGUGUUGAGUUUCUUGAGGAAAGGCCAGGAGUUUUUGUAUGACUACUAAUUUCAGAAGGCUUGUAGCAUUUUAUGAUGUCCAGCGAUGUAUUAGCAUUUUGUUAAGAUGUUGCUAAUUUAUCUCUGUUAAAAAGUGUUUUUUCUGUCAUUUUAACUUGCACUGCUUUGAUGACUAAUGAUGGUUGAACAUUUUAAUGUGUUUGUUAAAAAAAAUUGCAUCUUCUGUGAACUGUUUGUCCAAGUCCGUUGGGUCAUGGCUUUGUGAUGAGACUGGCCAAGGAUGGAAUGAGGGUCCUUGGGGUGUAGUGAGCCCUUCAUCACUGGAGUCAUUCAAGGGACAGGACAGGCAGAUAUUUGAUGAGGGUAGCUUUAAGGAGAUUCAAUCAGUAGGAGUGGGGUUGGCCUAGAUGACCCUUCAGGUCUCUUUGACUCUUCCUGGGAGAUGGGCAUUGGGAUGAUAUCCUCCCUUUGGCAGGCCAGUGACGUUUAAGGCUGCUUCUCCUGGGUGGGUUUGUGCAUUUAUGAUUUAUAAACUCUCAACUCACCCUCUGUAACUCUUGUGAUGCAGGAAUCUUUUUGACCCUCCAAGGUCUAGACAACUGUGCCGCCAUCUUGAAUAGUUAAGUGGUGGCCUUCCUGCCCCCCGCCUCCGCCCCCAUUUCACUUUGAGGAAGACAGUCCCUUGGAUCACUACUUGCCACCUCUCAGGGCAAUCAGCUGAGGCAAUCUGCUGCCCUUCAUGUUCCUAGUGCCCCCUGAUGUGUGAGCCAAUGUCCCAUUGGCCUCCAUGGUGGUCUUUGGGAUUUAAUUAAGUAUCGUCAGAUCAGGUCAGAUAGUGAAUCUGCCUUCAGAAAUGGGGCAACUCAAUUCCACGAGCCAAGGAGUAGAAUGGCCCCCAAUGUCUCCUUGGGCUUCCCUCAUGGUCCACCCCAGGGGUAGCCAGGUCUCAGAGGUCGUCACGGCCAUUCGGGAAGGGCACAUAACCCAAGAAGUCCUCGCCCCUGCUUACAGAACACCCUUGGCUUGCAGCCAAGGGCCGUGUCUUCCCACAGACCAUCUACUAUAGCACUGAGCACUGUUUGCCUGUGUCAGAAUUUCUCACCCACAUGUUUGGGAGGCCAGUGACGAUUCCCAACAUUACUUGGAUCCAUCCAUCCAUCCAUCCAUCCAUCCAUCCAUCCACCCAUCUGUCCAUCCAUUGCAUUUGGCCUCUUGACCUGGUGCUUUGGCCUUUCCCUUUCCUGAAAGCAAACCUUUUCCUUGUGGGCAGGCUGUGUAGCGCCAUGGGCUGUGGUUAUGAAGUGAACGCCCUUACUUGUGGCUUCUUCCUCCGGGGUCACUGCUGUGAGCAUGUCCCAGCUGGAUGUCAUCCGCCACCGUCACCCACACGGCUUCCUUCUCCAUGGCGCGUUCCCAUGCAUCACACCCUGUGAGGGAUCCAGGGCCCGGGGGCCCAGGGUGGCCCCCGCUCCCCACCCGUGAGUGGAGAUGUCCCCCCCCAGGCCACCUUGCCUGGUGCAUGGACCCUGCCGUGAGCUUUCCCCUCAGCCUCUCCCCUUCCUCUACCAGAUGACAGCGGUUAUAACUCAUACUUUCAUCCCUUCAUUCACUCCACUCCCAGCCCGCAAACAGUCGAAAAGGUCAGCUGGUGCUAUACUAGAGCUGGGUCACAAGGUUGCAUUCCAACACCCCCUCUUGAAAGAGAAGAUGAGCGUGUUUGCUGGGGGCCAGUCACAAGGCGGGAUCCUUGAUUCGGCAUGCCCACCCCUCGGCCAGAGUUCUGUCGAAAUUUUGAUUGCCCUCUCCAAGUUCGUUCCUCCGCAAACUGGGUUGAUUAGUAAUCAGCAAGCUGUGUUCCCUGGGUGCUCAGAAAUCAUAGCCCAGAGUCUCAAGAGGCCAGAAUGAUAGCUGGAGUGGGUGCGGGGCCGGGGGGGGGGUGUCUGAAACAAACAGCUGAUUCUGGCCGUGAGCGGGAUUUCGAGUCAUUAGGACACCCUCAUCUUGCACAAAGGGCGAGUUUCAGAGUCCUUCCUGUCCCUUGGAGAUUGGUUCAUUCUGGGCUCUAUUUAGAGAAAAUUGGGGGAGACGGUUGCUGGUUUGGAUGGUGAGGGUCAUGCCCCCCCGUGAGGCCCGCACAGAACAAUCUAUUGGCACAACAGGGCAUCCGGGCCGCCCGGCGCUUGGCAAACCCGGGAUGCAUCCGUGAGCAUCCAUCCAGGUUCCCAGCCAGGCGGGGCUUCCUACCUUAGAUCUUGGGGCUCUCCUGGGGAUUCUGCAUUUGACUUACUGCCUUGGACAGCGGGUAUAGUGGACAAAGCCAGGACCCUGGAGCUGGACAAGCGUGUGGUUUAAACUCACGGGCACGGCCGAGUCUGUCCUCUGGGCAGAGCGUGGCACCCACCUCGCAGGGCUGUUGUGAGGAUCUGCUGUAACCAGGGUUUUGAACUGUGAUCCUGUAGGGUGGUGCGCGUGCCCCCGGGAGUAGGUGGCGGGUGGGGGGGUGACAGGCCAGGAGGCACAGCCUGAUUCGGGCAGCUCCGUGGGGAAUCUUUCUAGCAAGCUCACAGUGGGUAUCAUGAGAUCGAAUGCUGCAUUUGUAUGGCAUUUGAAAGGUAGGUAGGAGUAAUUUUGGGGUUAGGGUUAGGCUGGGGAAUGGGGAUCACUCUGGGCAAUGCCCUGGACCCCUGGGGUACGCGUUCACACCCACCUCUGGAAUAGGUUGUGUCUUGCCUACCACUGUGUCUGGCCUGUGGGCGGCACUUACCUUCCACAAGAGACCCCUCCCAGACGUAUCCUCCCCCCAAAAAUAUUAGGCACCAUUGUCAAAGACACUACCCCCACCCCCCCCAUCCCCCAGCGCCCAAUGUCCCCUCUGCCCGUUCUCAACAUUUGGGCUCAAAUGUCAGCAGCCUGGGUGCCUAACACAGUACCAGGCCAGUGGUAGGGGUCGCCUUCCAGUUCUGUCGGAAGGAUGGAUGAGUAGAUGGUCAAAUAACACAACUGUAACCCAGUGUAAGCAGCGAUUGUUUAUAGCCUUGACUCAGAGAUUGUCCUCCGCCCCUGAUGAACCUUUUACCGGUUACUGUAUCUUACGGACCUCUGUAUGAUAUUUGUUGUUCGAAAACCAGACUCUGGUUUCAGAUGUCACUUGGUGGAACUUUCGCUGUCCGAUGAAUGAGUUGAUGUUUGUGUUAGAAAUGAGAAUCUGGCUAACGUGUAACUUUAACUGUGCGGUGUCGGUCAAGGCACUUCUCCUCUCUGACCGUCGGUCUCCUUUUUUCUAAGCCGUGGGUCACCAGAAAGCUUACCUCCUGGGUUGUUGUGAGAGCUCAGGGUUGGGUGAACUUUAAAUUUAAAUUCAUUAAAUGCUGGCCGUCACUGAAAGUGAUCAUGUGUUGGGGGAUAUCUGGAAGGGAACAGGGAAGCUUUUGCUGGUUCUAAAUGAAUAAAAAGUUGGCCUUGACCUUAUAAUAAGAUUUUAUUUCCGACAGUCACUGGGACGUGUGAGACAGAGGUCAAGUGGCCUGAGAGUGUUUAGUGAUGCAGGUUCAGAGUAAAUAUUGGUUCAGUUAAUGAGUGAUGGCUUCUCUCCUUCCUUGGAGGCUCCUUCCCUCUCCCCCCUCCACCCCACCCUGGGGGGCUGUUUGUCACAGGUGACUGUUCCUGCCAGGUCUGUGGAGGGACUUCUGUGAGUCCCCCGAGGGUAUUUGUUAGUGGGGAGGAGCAAGGAGAGUUUAGAGAGAGCCCAAGGAGGGGUUUCUAGGUAACAUCUUAGGGACUAAAACGCCCUCUUCUGCCCUUUAGGGGAAAGGCUUCUGCUUGAUUGGCAUGUGGGCCCAUUUUACAGAUGAGCGAGUUGUGUCCGAGCCCAGGAUUGAACAGUCUUCCAUGAAAGCCAGAGGGUGCUCUCUCAACUCAGUCAAAGCAAACCCUCCUGGUUCCAUGGUGGUCUCUGCCAGCCCAGAUGUACCCCAGUGUGUCCCUGUCCCCACCACGUGCCUAGCACUGCCCCCCUGGACCUUCAGCAGGACCUGGAAACUUCCUUCUCAGGAGACAUCCCCUUGGGGUCAUCGUGGAUCCAGGGGUCUCCACGAGUGUGCAGAAUUCCUUUCCUGGGCCUUGUCUUACGUGUGUGGACAGCAGCAUUCUGCUGAACACCCCCAGAUUCCAUUCCAGGUGGGCUGGAGUCGGGGGUCUCCUCUGGUCCCUCCCCCCACUGUAGAAGCCUCCCAGGCCCCCUCAUUUGGCCUCUGGCUAUCAGAGCCUCAGUGGGCUGUGUCCACACGUGGCCACCACCCUGUGUCCUUGAGAACUUUUCUGAAGCUCCCAAGGGGAUCUGCAGGUAGAGACAGGUGGAUAGGGCCCUCCUCCCAGGGGACUGUGAGUCUGUGUGUAGGUGUCUGCUCCAAGAUGGUCCUCGGGCCUGUGUGCCCGGGGUGAGGAGUGUUUUCAGGGCCUCAUCCUCCUGAGCAGGGCAGGCCUGGGUCCCCAUCUCCAGAGGGUGGGGAGGAAGCUGAGGCUCAGUGAGGGUUAGGGUUUCGGGUCAGGGUCAGGGUUCUCAGUGAGGAUUAGGGUUUCAAAUUAGGGUCAGAGUUCUCAGACCCCGUCCCUGACUCCGAGACUUAGGCUUCUCUGACCCUGAUGGCCCUGCUGCCUGCGUAGUAGGCGCCUAAUAGAUGCUCACUGAUGGGCAAGCGGGGUUUUAGUGGAUGUGAAAAACUGAACUGACUGUUGGCUGAUGGACACAUUGACUCUGCAUGCAUGUCUGUAAGAGGAAAGAGGGUGUUUUCUUGGCAAAGACUCUUCAGGGCAGACCCUGAAGGUCUCUGUCUGCAGUGGGGGCUCGCCCUGGGGAACCUUCUGGAUGCAAAUAGCUGUCUUCUGACUGUUUCUGGAAAUGUUUAUAUCUAGAAUAAAACUUUAUUCGGGCUAAAAAAUGUACUCCUCUGUGUUGUGGUCCAAGUGACUUUUUAAAAGUUCUGUUGACAUGUGGUUGACACACAAUAUUAUGUUAUUUUCUUCUGUACAGCGACGUGACUUGGUGUUACAUAUAUAUUCUGUUUUCAUAUUCUUUCCCACUAUAUUUUAUCACCGGGUAUUGAAUUUGGUUCCUUGGGUUUCGCAGUAGGUGGUCCAGGCGAUGUUGCUAAUGUGGCGUUUGGCAGUUCCCCAGUGGCAGAGGUGUUCUGGCCACGCCCUUGCCCGCUCUGGGUCUCAGGAGCCCUCGCUCUUGGGGAGGGGAGGUCUUUGACCUGAGAAGUCUUUAUCCUCGCCAUUGGUGACCAUCCGCCUUCGCCUGUAAGGUACAUGCCUGGUCUGAGAUGCUGCCUGGUCCUCAGCAAACGAGGGGGGAUUGGACCCCAGACCUUGAUUCCUUUCUUUCACUCUCUCCCGUCUCCCCAAGCUGGGUCUUGGGGGGUGGGGUGGGGAUCUUACACACUGGAGCUCUGGUUGUGGCAACAGCAUUUGCCAGUGCAGUGGCCUUGAGGGGUACCUGAACCACCCCAAGCCUGGCUCCCCUCUCUGCAGAAUGGGUACAUAAUGACAGUGUCUGCGCAGGGGGUGCUGGUGAACCUGUCUCGAUGGGCCCCCGUACACUGGUCCUGAGAAUCAAGGUCUGACGUUCAAAGCUAUCUAAGCACCCACAUGUGUGCUUAUCUACAUGUGUAGCUAUCUAAGCGCCUACAUGUGUGUGGCCUGGAGGGUUCACCUGUAAUCCGAAAAUAGUCACGUCUGCGUGGCGUGGUUAUCGUCGGGUUCGAGGAGGUUGUUUAUGUGAAAAUCAGUGCUUUGUUACUUGGCCUCCUGUUUGGGGUAGACCACAGCGCCCUGCAGCCUGAGGGUCCUGAUCAUGGAAGCCCUGUGCUUUCUGGAACGAUGGUGGCCCCAGAAACUGCUGGGCGGAGUGUAGGGUGUCACGGGAGCACCCAGCCAGCCCAGGGGAGGCAGUGAGGGACGGGAAGCUUUGCUCUUCAGUACAGAGAUGUAAGGUUCAGAGAGGAGGGGAUUAAGGUCCAGGUGGGCAGAAUCAGGGAGAAUUUUCAGAAACCCCCAGAGGAGGAGUAGGUUCCCAGGGGGGCUCAGAUCAGAUGGUAAAGAAUCUGCCUGCAAUGCAGGAGACCCGGGCUUGAUCCUUGGGUCAGGAAGAUCCCCUGGAGAAGGGCAUGGCAACCCACUCCAGUAUUCUUGCCUGGAGAAUCCCAUGGACAGAGGAAGCUGGCAGGCUACAGCCCAUGAGUUUGCAAAGAGUCGGACAUGACUGAGUGACUGACACUCUCUCUUUCAGAGGGGGAGGAAGUCGGUAGUUUAGAAAAUGCCCCGGUCUAAUUGGCAAUGGCUUGGACGGGAGAGCUGGGGUGGUUUCUCCCAAGGCCAGGAGUUCUAGGUUUCAGUUGGUUAGGUGACAACCAUCGGGUUACUGGUGCAGGAGCAUGUGAUGCUUCUGGAAAUUAGAGGAGGAGACCAGGGAGGGGGUGAUGUGAAGGGUGCCAGGUAGAGGGCAGGAGCUGGUGGCUGGGUGCUCCCCUCCCUGUGUGGUCCAGGCCCCGAGCAUCCCUCCUCCUAACUGUGUCUGCCCCUCGCCGCCCGCCUGCCUGUGUGCAUAAGAACUCUUGUCAGCCUGUGAGCCCGGGAGCGGAUGGCCUUCAUCUGCGCCUGUGUCUCUCCCAACCUCCACAGCCACAGGGGACACCUGCACAUGGUCCCACGGGACAGGCUGGACCAAAAGACUCUGGACCUGGGUUGCCCCCCACCCUGCGCGGCGGGGUGUGUCCUCCCUGCCUCCCCGCCCUCUGACUGAUGGACUUCACUGAUCUGAGUGUCAGACAUGCGGGCCGGACCCCCUCCCCGCCCCCCACGAACCCUGAGACUUGGGGGAGCGCCGGGCCUCGUGGUGCACAUCUGAGAAAUGGGCUCAGACACCUACCUCACAGGGCUGUUGUGAGGAGCUCCUGCCGUGGUCGGAAAGCACCCUGCCCCGGUGGCAGGGGCGGGGCUUGGCACAGCCCAUUGUGCUCUCAAUAAAUGUGUUUCUUGUCUUAACAAAAA